UUGCCAAAUGGGCUGUCACAUGCAGUGUGGAGUAAGUGGAAGAUUUGACCUUUAGGUUUUUCACACCAUCGCGAUUGGAAAGAUUCCCGAGCAUCGUUUAGGACAAGAACUAUGGACUCUGAUACAAGCCGUGUUUCGAGCAGACCGUCUUCCCCUGAGGUAGAUGACAUUUUCCUGUCCACUCUGAAGAAAUCCGUCCACGGCUUCACUGGUGCUGUGUCCUCCACGCAGAGCGACUCUCCGUCAGACACACUCAGCCUGCACGGCCUCUCCGCCUCCGACGAGGAGUCUUUGUCCCUGCGCCUGUCCAAGAAAGACCGCAAACUCCUGUCAGAGAACGAGAUGCAGGCGAUCCGCCUCAAAAUCAACAGCCGUGAGAGGAAAAGGAUGCACGACCUCAACAUAGCUAUGGACGGACUGCGAGAGGUCAUGCCCUAUGCGCACGGACCAUCCGUGCGUAAACUCUCCAAAAUCGCCACGCUGCUGCUGGCGAGAAACUACAUCCUGAUGCUCAGUAACUCACUGGAGGAGAUGAAGCGGCUGGUCAGCGAGAUCUACGGCACCAGCGGACACCACGGCGGCUUCCAUCCAUCAGCCUGUACGACUAUGACGCACGCGGGGCCCGUGCCGGGACACCCAGUGCCGUCCCAUCCCGCACACCCGGCGGUGCACCACCCGCUCCUCCCGCCGGCCGUUUCCACCGCCUCCCUGUCCGCGCCCAGUAUCUCCGCCGUCACAUCUGUCAGACCGCACCACGGACUCCUCAAAACCCCCGGUGCAGGCGCAGGGCCGCUGGGCAGCAGCUUCCAGCACUGGGGCGUUGGCACCGGGAUGCCCUGCCCGUGCAGCAUGUGCCAAGUCCCGCCUCCGCAUGUGUCCAGCAUGACGACCGUCACCAUGCCGAGGUUGGCCAGCGACUCCAAGUGACUCAAAACUGAAUGGGAACGAACUUUUGCGGUUGUUACAGACUCUCUUCGUACUUAUUACGCGUUUUAAUUUAUCUUUUGUGGCUGAAUCCGUUGCUUCGACGGGACAAGUAAAGACCAAUUGAUUUCCUUACUGUGACUUUGGAGUUUUUGCAACUAACUUAGUGUUUUAUGGUUAUUAACCUCGGUUGUUAAUGUCACAGAGCUCACGCAGCGCAAUGAAAUCCACCUGGAAGUUAUAGUUUCUGUGUUUCCCAGUUAUUUAAAGGUCACACUUCAUUGAUUAGUUGAUUUCUUUUCUGUUUUGUCAGCCAGGAGGGGAAAUGGUCCCAACUUGAAUCAGACAACAAAUCUAGUGUAAAUAUGUAGAUGAAUUAAUCUGUUUAAAUAGAUAUUAUAUAUUAGAGUGUUGUUAAUGUGUGGGAAGACUCCCCCACCCCUCACAUAUUGCACCUGCUUUAUUCUAUCCGUCUAAUUCAAUGCUUCUGUCCUUAUUUUCUGCCCAGUGGGCUGCCAUUCACUGCCUGGCCCACACAAUGACCACUUCUUUAUUUUUUUAAUAAAACAAAAAAUGAAAGGAAAAGAAAACGAUAUUUAUUUACUUAUUUGGAACGGUAAUGUGAGACAAAUGUCUGAUUCUGUUGGGGUUUGAAAUGUAAAAUAAAGAUGAUUAAUUGAAUAAGGGAAAACCA